AUGUGGCGUCACGCGCUUCUCAAACUUGCCUACUACAACUCUCAAGCCAAUCUUGUGUCAGUGAGCGACAUCCGUAAGUCCAUCACAUCAAGGGACUCCCAAAAGAAAGUCGAUGACUUUGAGAAGUUCUUGACGCGGAUGAAGGACUUUGUGAAAGCGCAUUUUGAGCCGAAAGAUCCUCAUGUGAAGCGCCUUCUCGGCCUGGCAGAAUGUCAACUUGUCUGGUUUGUUUUGGCGAAGACACACCGGACAAUCUCUUGGAAGUACGACUCCAUGGAACAGGUGGGUCAUCAAUUUGUGAAACUCUUGAUUCAGCAAACCGGGAAGGAAGUGGACUCACCCUUUCAUGAGAAAGCGGGUGAUAAAGGGAGCUCAGCAGCAGCGGGGCCCACGAAAAG